CGCAACGAUGUGGCACUUGCUGCGCGCCCUGCUCGUGUUAGCCGCCGUUCUGGAUGCACUGCAGCCGACGGUCGGUCAGAGCGACACCUACUACAACCCGAACCAGAAUCAACAGAAUCCACAGCAACCGCUUUUGCCCAACCAGCAGUGGGGCCUCAAUCCUCAGACGAAUCAAUAUGGAAUCAACAAUCUGAACAAUAAUGGCCAGUCCAAUCCCAACGAUCGACCACCGUAUAGAACUGAGCCGGGAAGCUUUAACGAUCUAACCGGACAGGAUGAGUAUGGAAAACGAGUUGGCCAGGGAUACCAGGAGAACGAGGAGCCGAGUUUGACUCGAGGAAAGUCAUCCUAUAACAUUAAGGCCACCUUCCUGGAGUCGUUGCAUUCGAGGGAGCCUACCUAUUUCAUUGUGGCCUCUCGCAUGGUCAGACCCGGUCUGAUCUACCAGGUGUCGGUGUCCAUUCUCCAAGCUCAAUACCCGAUUACCGUGCAUGCCAGCAUUGCCUGCGAUGGAGUGCAAAUCAGCGGGGACCACAAGGAUGUCAAGGAGGGCGUGCCGGAGACGUUGCUCAUGAGGAUCCCACCGACCAGCGUGACUGGCAGCUAUAAGCUGAGAGUAGAGGGCUUCUACCAGAACGUUUUCGGUGGUCUGGCCUUCCUCAACGAAACCAGGCUGGAUUUCUCCCAGCGAUCCAUGACGAUUUUCGUUCAAACCGAUAAGCCUCUCUACAUGCAAGGAGAGACGGUGAGAUUCAGGACCAUUCCCAUCACCACAGAACUCAAGGGAUUCGACAAUCCCGUGGAUGUGUACAUGCUGGAUCCAAACAGACACAUUCUGAAGCGCUGGCUGUCGCGCCAAUCGAACUUGGGAUCCGUUUCGCUGGAGUACAAACUGUCGGAUCAACCCACCUUUGGUGAGUGGACCAUCCGAGUGAUUGCUCAGGGUCAGCAGGAGGAGAGUCACUUCACGGUGGAGGAAUACUACCAGACCCGCUUCGAAGUGAAUGUCACCAUGCCGGCCUACUUCUUCACCACGGAUCCGUUCAUCUACGGAAGAGUGAUGGCCAACUUCACCAGUGGAUUACCGGUGAAAGGAAAUCUGACUCUCAAGGCGACGAUACGGCCUAUUGGAUACUUUAGCAAUCAGGUUCUGAACGAGAAAUAUCGCUUGGGACGAUCGCCCUUGGAGCAGACAAACCUGUACAACGAGCGAUGGCGCUACAACAACCCCAACCAGAAUCCGCAAGUACAGUAUGGAAUUCCCGGUCAGAUACCACAAGAUGGAUCGGAUCUAUCCCAGGAUGUUCUGUACAGAAAUCAGUAUGUGGUGGAGCGACACUACCAGUUCGAUGAGGAGUGGCCCUUCUGGGUGAGGAAACCCGAAUACCAAGACACCUACGAAUCGUGGACUGGAACGUACCGGAAGACACUGCCGUACCUGCGCUACUUUAACGGAACCUUCGACUUCAAGUGGCCACUGAGGGAGCUGGAGCUUCUCGUUCCCAAUCUGGCCAACUCGGAAGUGCUGAUCACGGCCACUGUGGGAGAAAAGUUCUACGACGAGAUCAUCAGUGGUUACUCCGUUGCCCGGGUGUACAACUCCAGCUUGAGAGUGGUUUUCCUCGGAGACUCCCCGCAGGUUUUCAAGCCCGCCAUGCCGUUCACCACCUAUCUGGCUGUGGAGUACCACGAUGGUUCGCCCAUCGAUCCUAAUUUACUGCGCCAGGGUUUGAUGGAGGUCACUGGCUUCGUGGAGAGUCGCAAUGGCGGUCGGAGGGAUUGGCCCGCCCAGCGUUUGCCGAUGUCGCAGCAGAGCGACGGCAUCUGGGAGGUGAAGAUCGACAUCAGGAAUGACCUCAACCUGGAUGAUCGCCCACAGUCACGGGAUUUCUUGAACGGCAUCCAAAACAUGCGAUUGCAGGCACACUUUGUGGAUCCGCGGGGCGAGCGCAUUCAGACGGAGCUGCUUUUGGUGUCGCAUUUCCCCCGGAAUCAGCACAUCAAGGUUACCACCAGCACGGAGAAGCCUGUGGUUGGCGAGUACAUCAUCUUCCACAUCCGCACGAAUUUCUACCUCGAGGAGUUCAACUACCUGAUCAUGUCCAAGGGUGUUAUCCUGGUCAACGAUCGCGAAACCAUCACGGAAGGUAUCAAAACGAUAGCUGUGGUUCUGAGUUCCGAAAUGGCGCCAGUUGCCACCAUUGUGGUGUGGAAGAUCAACCAACAGGGUCAGGUAGUGGCAGAUUCCCUCACGUUCCCAGUGAAUGGCAUCUCCCGGAACAACUUCACCGUGUACAUCAACAACCGCAAGGCGCGAACUGGCGAGAAGGUGGAGGUGGCCAUCUUUGGAGAACCCGGAUCCUACGUGGGUCUCUCUGGCAUCGACAGCGCCUUCUACACAAUGCAGGCGGGCAAUGAGCUCACCUACGCCAAGAUCAUCACCAAGAUGUCCAACUUUGACGAGCAGACCAACGGAACCUACAAGCACAUUUGGUACUCCCACGAGGGCAAUCCCGAUGAGCUGGUUUACUUCCCCGCCUCGUCCUUUGGCGUCGAUGCGAAUCGCACUUUCGAGUACAGUGGCUUGGUGGUCUUUACGGACGGUUAUGUGCCCAGGAGGCAAGACACGUGCAAUCGCACCCUGGGCUUCGGCGAAUGCUUGAGUGGACGGUGCUACCGCCUUGAGAAGCAGUGCGAUGGCUUGUUCGACUGUGACGAUGGAACAGACGAGAUCAACUGUCAUGUAAGGAACGACACAGAGCUGCUGAACUACAGAAAGUAUCGAUUCAAUCGCGUGCUGCGUCAUUACGAGAACGUCUGGCUCUGGAAGGACGUGAACAUUGGACCCCAUGGACGCUACAUCUUCAAUGUGGAGGUUCCCGAUCGCCCGGCCUACUGGAUGGUGAGUGCCUUCAGUGUGAGUCCAUCCAAGGGCUUCGGAAUGAUCAACAAGGCUCUGGAGUACGUCGGAGUGCAACCCUUCUUCAUCAACGUGGAAAUGCCGGAGGCUUGCAGGCAAGGAGAGCAGGUGGGCAUUCGUGUCACCGUGUUCAACUACAUGACCACGCCCAUCGAGGCCAUUGUGGUGCUGCACGACAGUCCGGAGUACAAGUUCGUGCACGUGGAGGAGGACGGCAUUGUGAGGUCCUACAACCCAAGAACCAGUUUCGGCGAGCACCAGUUCUUCAUCUACUUGGAGGCCCAAGGCACCACGGUGGUUUAUGUGCCGGUGGUGCCGCAACGCCUGGGCAAUGUGGAUGUCACUCUGCACGUGGCCACCUUGCUGGGAACAGACACCAUCACCCGAACGUUGCAUGUGGAGUCGGACGGUCUGCCACAGUAUCGCCAUCAAUCCGUGCUCCUGGAUCUCUCGAACCGCGCCUACGUCUUGGAGUACAUGCACGUGAAUGUUACGCAAACACCGGAGAUCCCCUACCAGGUGGAUCGGUAUUUCGUGUACGGAUCGAACAAGGCCAGGAUAUCGGUGGUGGGCGAUGUGGUGGGUCCUAUUUUCCCCACCAUGCCAGUGAAUGCCAGUUCGCUGCUUUACCUGCCCAUGGAAUCGGGCGAGCAGAACGCCUUCAGUUUCGCAGCCAAUCUCUACACCAUUAUGUACAUGCGAUUGAUCAAUCAGCGCAACAAAACCCUGGAGAAGAAUGCCUUCUACCACAUGAACAUUGGCUACCAGCGGCAGUUGAGUUUCAUGCGACCGGAUGGCAGUUUCUCACUCUUCCGCUCCGAUUGGAACAACUCGGAUUCCUCCGUUUGGCUAACCAGCUACUGCUUGCGGGUGUUCCAGGAGGCCAGUUUUUACGAGUGGGAGAACUUCAUUUGGAUCGACUCCAGCAUCGUGGAGAAGAACAUGCGUUGGCUGCUGCAGCACCAGACGCCACAGGGAUCCUUCUACGAGGUCACCUGGCUGCCGGACAGGAAACUGAACCGAACCAACUUUGACAAGAACAUCACUCUGACGUCGCAUGUACUUAUUACCUUGGCCACAGUAAAGGAUAUUUCUGGCACGCUGGGAUCUCGAGUUGCACUGGCCACACAACGGGCGGUGGCUUACAUAGAGCGGAAUAUGGACUUCUUGAAGCGCCAAGCGCAGCCGUAUGAUGUGGCCAUCACAGCCUAUGCCCUUCAGCUUUGCAACUCGCCCAUCGCCGAGGAAGUGUUCUCCAUUCUGCGACGACACGCCAGGACGAUAGGCGAUUUUAUGUACUGGGGCAACCAGGAGAUUCCGCAACCGCCGCGCAAACUGGAGAACCAAAAGUGGUUCUCUCUGCCCCGCCUGCCUUACGAAUACGAUUCCCUCAACAUUGAGACGACUGCCUAUGCAUUAUUGGUCUAUGUGGCACGUCGUGAGUUCUUUGUGGAUCCCAUUGUGCGGUGGCUCAAUUCGCAGCGAUUAAAUGAUGGCGGUUGGGCCUCCACCCAGGAUACCAGUGCAGCACUCAAGGCUCUCGUGGAGUACACAGUGCGAUCGAGGCUGCGCGAGGUUUCCUCACUGACUGUGGAGAUCGAGGCCUCCUCGCAAGGCGGCAAAACGCAAACCCUGUACAUCGAUGAUACCAAUCUGGCAAAGCUGCAGAGUAUCGAGAUUCCUGACGCCUGGGGCACCAUUAAGGUUCAAGCCAAGGGCGCUGGUUAUGCCAUUCUGCAGAUGCACGUGCAGUACAAUGUGGACAUUGAGAAGUUCCAGACGAAACCGCCAGUGCCAGCUUUUGGACUCCACACCAAGGCCAUCUUCCACGGCAGGAAUCAGUCGCACAUCUCCUAUGUAGCCUGUCAGAACUGGAUAAACCUCAAUGAGUCGCAGCGCUCUGGCAUGGCUGUUUUGGAUGUGGCCAUACCCACGGGCUACUGGAUACAGCAGCAAAAGUUGGACAGCUAUGUGCUGAGCAACCGCGUCAGGAAUCUGAGAAGGGCUCGCUAUCUGGAACGCAAGAUUGUCUUUUACUUUGACUAUCUUGAUAAAGAUGAUAUCUGUGUGAACUUCACCAUAGAACGUUGGUAUCCAGUGGCCAACAUGUCGCGCUAUUUGCCGGUGCGGGUUUACGACUACUAUGCACCGGAACGGUUCAAUGAAUCUAUAUUCGAUGCCCUGCCAACAUAUCUCCUUAACAUCUGCGAGGUGUGCGGCAGCUCGCAGUGUCCUUACUGUUCCAUCUACAACAUGGGCUGGCGCGCCUCCAUGUCCAUGUCCCUGCUCUUCUUCAGCGUAUUUAUCUACCUGCUGCGGAGUCGCACGCACCUGGUCUUAAACAUGAUGCAACUGCUCACAUAGGAACGAAUGAAAGAUAUCCACAAAGUCACCAUUGAAACACUUUGCUAAGAUUUGUAGUGUUUUUGUUUCAUUUAUUGUGCGUUUGAUUUUUAGUUUUUGUUUUCAGUUUUUAGUUUUUUUUUUGUUUGCCAACGAAAUUGCAUUCCGUCCAAAAAUGCUGGUUAACAUUUUGGUUUUAUUUUUAGUUUCCUUUUCCGUAGUUCACCAUAGAUCCGCUGUAGAAUCGAAUGUACAAAGCAGCAGUUAAUCGUAAAUUAAUUUUUAUUUUAUUGCUGAACAAAGAACCUUCUGCUGCACACAAAGCAGACCACAUGUAGCCACCUAAUGUAUGUAUCUUGUAAGUCUUAACGAACCAUACUAUGCCUUAUCAUAGAGCGGGCUCCAAGUGCGGAAUGAAAAAUCAAUCAAUGUGUCUUUCACAAAAUGCCUUUAAUAGAUUUUAGAAAUCAUUAGCAAAUGUAUCUUGACAAAAUGUUUGCAUGCAUAUCGAAUGAAAAUUUAUCUAAUUUGUAUUACCUAACUCUUUAUUAAUCUUAAACGAAAUUAAGCGAAAAACGUUGAAGAAACCGUCCAAUUAAUUUAUGCAAAUAACGAAUCUGCAUAGUUUGUAAGUUUUAUACGUAUAUACCCAUUCACAAUGAACCACAAUUAGUUUUUAAAUUCUAUAUACAAAUCUCACAUAGCCAUGUACAUGAAGCUGAACAAGAGAAAUUUAAGGAAAUAUUUCCGUCCGUAAAAAGUUUUGAAGAAUCUAUCCCUCACUUAAAAUAAGAAUCGAAUCUCUUUAUAAAGUGACUUGUGUUUUCUUUUGUAAUAAACGAAACUAAGAAUAAAUGAAAGUAAUGUUUUA